UUACUCGGCAUCCAUUGGUUGGAAACACAACAGUUAGCUUAACGGUUCAUGGGCUAAUUCCUGCAUGAAGAAUAACUUCACAUCCUUGAAGUUUGUAUGAAACAGGUAUCGUUGUUUUUUCUGACUUUCUAAUUGACGUUCGUCGUGAGGAUAUGUAUAUAUUUUUUUAGAUAUUUGCUUUGAACCGCUGUGACCAUAGCUAACAAGUUUGCAGUGGAAUGCACUGUUAGCCACUGUGGAGCUAAAGAAACUAACAGCAGCUAAAGCAGAGACCUAAUCAGAGUUUCUUACGUCUAGAUUUUAAAGUUCGUGGUUUAGUGAAUGGUCUAUUAUCUCCCCUGUGAAGAGGACGUCGUUGUCUAUGGACCCCUCCCCCUAAAGCCUUGUUUACCUGUGAACAACGACAGUGGAGACAGCCUGAGAGACACAGAGCUGAGGAAGUUUAAGGGAGAAGAAAUAAGGAGAUACAGUUUACAGGCGAUAAUUGUAAAAAGGAGAAUCUUAAAUGGAGCCAGGAUGUCUGAAGUGAUGAAAAUCAAGAUGGAAAACCCUGGAGGAGUCAGCUUGGAGUCUCCCAUACCUGCAGCAUCCAGAGCAGAAAUGGAUCAGAACCAAGACAGCAAAGAUUUCGUCCAUCAGAAGUUUGUGACUGAAGAAGAGUCUACCCCUGACUGGAGCCCCAGUUUGGACCAACAGGAUCAAGAGCACUCGCACAUAAAGAAGGAAGAGGAGGAACAACAGAUCAGUUGGGAGGAAGAGCAGCUUCCUGUAAAGAUAGAAGAUGAAGGGAAACAUCAGUCAACAGAGCUUCAUCAAGGUGUUCCUAAAGAAAACAGAAGGACAGAGGUUCCAACUUGUAGUUCAGCUCAACCUAUUGGAGAGAACUGCACAGAACCAGAACCAGAAGUGCACAUAGACCCAGAUCCAGCAUGUCCUUCCCAACAAAGUAAAAUGGGAGUUCAAAAAAGGUGUAAAAAACUAUGUUUCAAAUCUAGAACCCAGAUUGUAGUCCAGGGUGGUGAGAAAAUAUUCAGGUGUAGUACUUGUGGCAAAAUAUUUAAACAUAAGCGUUCUGUUAAGUUACACAUGAUAAUUCAUACUGGAAUGCGAAAACAUAAGUGUGAUCUUUGUGGUAAAGGAUAUAUAGAAAAGCGUUCUCUUCAGACACAUAAGAGAGCCCAUACUGGGGAGAGACCAUUUUCAUGCAAUGUUUGUUUUAGAAGGUUUAGUACAAAGGGAAGUCUUAGAACACACACAAAGCUCCAUUUAGAAGAAAAACCUUAUUCUUGUGAUCUUUGUGGCUCAAGAUUUUGGUUAAAAGAAGUCCUUAAAAAACACAAACAGAUCCACAGCACAGAGAAACCAUUUGGCUGUAGUGUUUGUGGUAAGACGUUUUUACGACAAGGAAAUCUAAAGUCUCACAUGUAUACUCACACAGGAGUGAAAUCAUUUAUUUGUGGUUUAUGUGGUAAAAGUUUUGCCCAUUCAAAUAGCUUUAAGAGUCACAUGUAUAUUCACACAGGAGAAAAGCCUUUUAUUUGUCGGGUUUGUAGUAAAACAUUUCCACGACAAAAGAAUCUAAAAAGACACAUGUAUGUUCAUACAGGAGAGAAACCGUUUGCUUGUGGAGUGUGCAGUAAAGGAUUUAGUCAAGCAGAGAAUCUAAAGAGGCACAUGCGUGUUCAUACUGGAGAAAAAAUGUUUAUUUGUGUUGUUUGUAGUCAAGGAUUUUCCCAACAAUAUCUUCUAAAAAGUCACAUGCACACUCACACAGGAGAGAAACCAUUUAGCUGUGGUGUCUGUUAUCUAGGAUUUUUACAAAAAAGAAAUCUGCAGAGUCACAUGCGUGUUCAUACAGGAGAGAAAGCAUUUACUUGUGAUGUUUGUCAUAAAAGAUUUUCUCGAAGAGAUACUCUAAAAAUUCACUCGCGUGUUCAUACAGGAGAGAAACCAUUCAUUUGUGAUAUUUGUAGUCAAGCAUUUUCACGACAAGAGGCUCUGAAAAGUCACAUGCAUGGUCACACAGGAGAGAAACCGUUUACUUGUGGUGUUUGUUGUCAAGGAUUUUUACAAAAAAGAAACCUGCAAAGUCACAUGCAUGUUCAUACGGGAGAGAAACCAUUUACUUGUGAUGUUUGUCAUCGAGGAUUUUCUCGACGAGAUGCUCUAAAAAGUCACUCGCGUGUUCACACAGGAGAGAAACCAUUUGUUUGUGAUAUUUGUAGUCAAGCAUUUUCACAUUCAGUUAGUUUAAAGAGACACAUGGGUUUGCACGCAAGAUAAAUUAGUUGUUUGUAGUGGUAGAAGGGAAGCCUUUUCAUGCUGCGACAAUUUAUAAAAAGGGUGGAUGGUUACAGAGUGUGUGUUUGAAUCCACCAUGGACUGUCUCUGGAUAUGCGGUUGGAACUGUGGCGUAAGCAAGACAAUGGUCAGACAUUCCCAGAUGGAGCUGCGCAGUGGCAAUGUGAGCUUCCCUCACGUUGGCCUACAGGAGGUCUAAUAUCCCCUUCUUCCUGGUGGAAGCUAAUGAUUACAUCUGAGUGCUUGGAGUAAAAAUGUCAUGCUCUCUUAUAACCCCAAAGUCAACUUUUUUCCCCCCCAAUAAAUUGUGCAUGUGAAUUAUCUGUACAUCUGUACUGAACAAAGUUGUGAUUUUAUUCUUCACAAAUAAAAGAAAUAUUGUUCAGCAUAAAAUAUUGUUUAUGCAGUUCAGCAACAGCAUCCAGGAUGGGAGACAUUGUCUAACAAUGAUGUUAGUUUGUUAUAUCCCAGAACAGUGGAAGCUCUCCUAGUGAGAUGUAAUGAAACCUGAAAUGUUUUCAAAUGCUUUAGUGAAAAAUCUUAACUGAUUGAAAUAAAGGGUUAAAAAUCA